UUUCAAGAUUUAGAGUCCAUUUUGAAGCUAUCAGUACUGCAAUAUCUCUAAUUUCUUGUUGAUAUGGCAAGUCUUCCACAGCUCGCUCUAGAGGCAACAAGAUUACAAGGAAAAGUAGCAUUGAUCACAGGUGGGGCUAGGGGAAUAGGAGCAUGCAUGGCAAGGCUCUUCAGCAGACAUGGGGCUAAGGUGGUAAUUGCAGACAUUCGAGACCAACAAGGGCAAGCUGUAUGCAAUGACAUUGGAUCCAAAUAUGCUUCCUACGUUCACUGUGAUGUUACAAAAGAAUCCGACGUUGAAACUGCCGUAAACACUGCUAUUUUCAAGCAUCAAAAGCUUGAUAUAUUAGUCAACAACGCUUUCAUAAUAAACGAAGCUAAACCAAGCAUUGUUGACAAUGAAGUGACCGAAUUUGAGCGUAUUCUUAGUGUGAACCUAACAGGCCCUUUCUUGGGCACCAAGCAUGCUGCUAAAGUUAUGAUUCCAGAAAGAAAGGGAAGCAUAAUAAAUGUGGGCAGUGUUUGUUCAAGUGUAGGAGGGGUUGCAACACAUGCUUACACAAGUUCUAAGCAUGGCUUGGUGGGCCUCACCAAGAAUGGGGCUGCUGAGCUUGGAAAAUUUGGGAUCCGUGUGAACUGUGUAUCUCCGUAUUUCGUUGCAAAUGUUGCUGCAAAAGAUUUCUUCCAAUUAGAUGAUGAAGGAUGCUCCAGUGUUUAUUCUAAUCUCGAAGGGAUUUAUCUUCAAGAAGAAGAUGUGGCUCAAGCCGCGCUUUAUUUGGCUAGUGAUGAAUCCAGGUACAUAAGUGGGCAUAAUCUAGCCAUAGAUGGGGGAUUUACUAGUAUUAAUCCAAUUUUUGGUUUGUUUUCAAGAUCAAAGUAGGUCCAUUAUGUUCUUCUUCUUGGUGUAAU